CUCUACGAUAGAUAUUGUCCGUACACACACGGCACGGCACGCCCAUGCAUACGUCCGUGAGCAUGCGGUCAUCCCACGCAUCCCCCCGCACACCCAACCCACCCACGCCCCAUUUCUGUAUGUCUGUCUGUCUCGGCUGUCUAUCUACUUGGGUCCAUCCAUUUCUCGCUGCCUCCAUCUCUCACUUUUGUAUGUAUGUAUGUGUGUAGCGGCACCUGGUACAUACGAGAAGAGGUCACUCACCUGAGGUGGAUGCCUGCGCUGCAUGCCUCGUGCAGCUCCUCGUGCAGCUCGCGACGCGACGUGCGGCUGCAUACACACCACAGGACAGACAGACAGCACAGUGAGAAGCCACUGCAUGUGAGUGCGGUGCCGUCCGACAUACAUGAAGUGCUCGUAGCAGAGGAGCGAGCUGCACGUAUCGACACACACACAGGGGGAGAACGCAGACGAUGAGCGGAUGGCAACUUGCUUAUCCUUCUGUCUGUCUGUCUGUCUGUCUGUAUGCGUGUGUGAGUGUGUAUGUGUCAUCGGUAGGCUACUUUUUGAGCACGUGCUUGAAGAACGGAUCUGAACACAAACAUACACAACUCGUGUGCGGGUGUGGUGUGUUUGUGUUUCCGUGUCUCUCCCUCUCCUCCCUGCCUCUCUCUCUUACGCCGGAGUGCCUCGGCGCCGAAGAUGCGCUCAUACGGAUUCAGGCACAACAUCCUGCACACACACACCGCCACACAGACAGACCCGCGGAACCCCAUCUCGCCACGAGCGCCAUAGAUCCGUCCGUAUGUGCAUUGGGGUGUGUCUCUUCUCUUGCUCACUCACUUGCUGAGCAGGUCUACGGCCAUGGCUUCAGUCAUGUCAUCCAUGUCCUGGCGGGGCGGCACCGCCUCGCGCAACACAUCCACCAACGCACGCUCGGGCGCCUCCCCAAACUGCAGCGUCUGCACCACCUGCACACACAACACAACACACGGCACACUCAAAGAGACAACAUCCAGCCGCCCUCCCCUCACCUCGUAGUUUGGGAGUGUGUCGACGCCCGCCCAUGUGGAAGGGCUGGGCUUGCCCAUGACGCGGCACACCUCGGACAGCGUACCGUCGUUGCUAUUGCCCUUCCCCCCAAACAGACGACGGCCCGUCAGCAGCUCGCCGAAGAUGCAACCCACCGCCCAGAUGUCCACCUGACCGAUGCAAUCAAUGCAUAUGAAUGAAUGGACGCACGCAUAACAUAAUCGCUCGUGUGAGCAGACGGCUUUGUGUAUUUAUUGUAUGUAUGUAUGUAUGUUUGUUGUGUCUGUAACCGUACCGCCCAGAAGUGGUCCUUCUGGUAGAGCAGAAGCUCGGGGCUGCAGUACAUGGGGGUGCCUGACGGUACGGUGGACGGACAGGACACAUAGAGGCAAUACAAUUCAGCCUGUGUGUGUUGUAUAUUGCGUGCGGUGUGGUGUGGCGACGUCCAUGUGAUGUCCGCACGGACCGACGUAUUUGGGUUUGCGCGGCUUCUUGGACGGGUCGCACGGGGUCGGCUGCACCAUCCUGACACACACAGGGAGAGAGAGAGAGAAACGGACCAAGGUGGCUAUGGUGGGUAUGUGGGUGUUGCUGAGGCUCACCCGAAGUCGCAGAUUCUGACAUAGUGGACGUCGUGUGACCGUCCGUGCUGGUCCAGCUUCAGCAGAAUGUUGGAGGGCUUCAAAUCACAAUGCAUCACUGCACAGAAACACACACAGCUGGGAGCCUCCGCAACGCAAGAGCGUUCGCCUCGUUAGUCCCCACCUUCCUUUCCCCCGCAACCGCCCCUACAAAUACCAACAAGCAAACAACACACAGACAAGAAGAAGUCCCCCAGACCACUCUCUCUCUCUGUGCCUGCGUGUGUCAGUGUGGGUAUUGGUGCACUUACGAGUGUAGGUGUGUGACGCCGAGCAGCACCUGGUAGAGGAUCUCUGCCACCUGUCGGAUGGGCAUCUGCUGUCGGUUGUGGUGGAUGUAGGAAUGGUAGUAGCUGUCCAGCGUCACGUCACCCAACUCUACACACACACCACACACACACACGUCCACGCGUGGAAACAAUGCCCUCAGCCUGGCUGCAGAGGUGGUGUGUCAGUGGUACCUAGAGUGUCAGUGGUACCUAGAAUGAGGAAUGCAGUGUUGUCCUGGUCGAUGUGUGUGCCGAAGAGCUUGACGAUGUUGGGGUGCCAGGCCAUGGCGAGCGUCGAGAUCUCCAGGUAUGUGUCGGGCGACAACGGCCGCACCACACCACCUCCACCCAACGAGCUACUCUUGCAUCCUAUCUGCACACACAUCCAUCCAUCCAACCACCACCCGCAGUAAGUAAGGGCCAGAAUGACCUGCCACGCAGCGCAGCCCUAUGUACGUACCCGUUUGAUGGCGUAGUGUCCCGCCUGUAUGUCCAUGUCGAGCUCCCUCUUGAUCUGCCCAGCCGCCUCCCUCGUCAGAAACCCAGAAAACACAGACCCAUAGGUGCCGCUGCCCUGUUCAUAAGGAUAAUUAACCAUACACAGCACCCAUCUGAUCGGUGCGGGAUCUUUCUACGUCCGCCGGCUUAUCUGCCUUCUUUCCCGUUCCUUACCAGCCGAGUGAGGUGUGUGAAGCGGCCAAGGAAGCCCGUGGAUGUGUCCGGAGGCCCCGGAGGCGGAGGCGCGUCCAUGUCCACAUCAACGGGGUCUGCGGCGCCAGGCGAAGGACCAGCCCGACGAUGACGGCCACGGCCUGCCAUCGGGGCAAAAGGGCGCAUCUUGGCUGCUCA